ACCCUUAUGACCUCAAUGGCUUUCCAAUCAAACAAUCCAUUCAAUGAUCUACCAUUUCAUACAACUACUUUGAUUGAUGAUGGAUCUUCCAAUGAUUUGUUCGAAUUAGAACAUUCAUUAUCAAUGAUGAAUCAUUCAAAUUGCCAGGAAAUUUGGUGUGAAUCACAGCUAAAUCCAUAUAAUAAUUAUUAUGGUGAUAUGGUUGGCUUUGGUGAUGAGAAACGCGAUACAGGAUUUUGGUUAGAACCACCACCCGAUGAUAUCCUAUUCAUACCACCGCCACCAAUGCCUGCAGCAUUGCAAGCAUUUUUUAGCUCAAUGGAAAAUGAAACAAUGCGUGAAUUUAUCAUUGGCGAAGAUCCGAUUGAAGGUGUACGAUGUAAUUUUUGUAAAUUAUUUUCCGAUUCCAAAGUAUAUCAAGAUGAUGAUGGCAUUAGUUCGAUGUAUCCUUCAUCAUCAUCAUCAUCGAAAAGCAAUGAAACAUUCAUCUCUUUAUUCUAUGCUCUUAUAUUUUCAUUAAUAUUUGUUAUCCUUUGCAUAAUUUGCUUAUUGAUUAGAUAUAAAAAAUUUAGAAUUUUUUCUAAUCAUGCUUGCCCGGUAUGGUCUUCAUCAAAUGGAGUGAUUGGACAUCAUAAAUCAUCAUCAUCAUCAUCAUCUACUUCACCAUCGGACACUUGUCUAUCACCGGUUGUCAAUGAAAAAUCACCUCAAUCAAUUAUAAUGGAUGCUUCAUUAGCUUCUUUAGGCAAAAAAUCCACAAUAUCUACUACUGGAAAAUACUGGAAACGUGUUCCAAAUAAUGUUUCUGGUAAUAUAUUGUUCAUGGAAGAUCGUCGAGGAUUGCGUUCUUUGGGUGGCUCUUCCACUGGAAUAUCUGACCAUCCUUAUAGUGAUGCAGCAAGUUGUACUUCAAGUCCGGUUUACGCUGAAUUAGAUCCGGCUGUUGCUGGUUGUGCAGCCAAUCAACCUAUGAUUAGUCCUCUGAUACGUUCAUCAUUUGGAACCCCUACUUAUGGAGUUGGAGGCUAUUCAUCAUCAAAUACCUACACUGAAGUACCAGAAGGAAUCGGUCAACGCCAUCGACAUCAUUUAGAUCAUGGACAUUAUGCAUUGUCAUCAAAUUUACUUUCCGAUUCUUCCACGUAUGAUAAUGCAGCCUACUUAUCAGCAUCAUCUCAACAAUUCAAUCAAUCUGGUGGAUAUAACUCUCGAUCAUUACGACGUUUAGCAGCUCAACGUUCAGCGGCCAUAAAUGCUGCGGCAGCUUCCAAUCAAAUUUCAACACCAUUAUUAUCCAAUCAACAAUAUCCUCCAUAUCAUCCUUCUGGCAUUCACCAUCGUCAAGGAUUUUUUCCUACUGGUGGAAGACCAAUGAAAAAAAUACGAACCAAUGGAGGGCAAUCAUCUGUCAACUAUUAUAAAUAUGGAAAUACUGUUUCAUCAAGACCCUCCAUGAUGAAUCAUUAUGUUAGUAACAAUCAUGAGACAUCAAUGCUGACCAAUGAAACUGAUCUUAGUAGCAUCAUUGGUCAUAAUGAAAACGAUGUCAAUUUAUUCACUUCAUUCAUACAUAAUUCAAUUCCAAAUUCAAAUGGUCUAGAAAUCAUUGGACAACGAAAAUCAUCUGAAUUGUCAUCACAAUAUAACGAAAUGCCAUUGAUACCAACUUCAACGACAUUUGGUAGCCAAAUGAAUGCUUAUCGCGGAACAAUGUCUGAGACACAUUCGAACAAUGAUCUCAAUUCGGCUGCUUCAUCGUCAACCACAUCUGGAGGAGGUGAACAGCGUAAUACUGGCGGUGGUACAUCGACAAAUUCAACAGGAUCAUCCGUAACCGGUUCAUCAUCGACAUCGAUAAAACGACCAUUACCACCAGUACCAGGAUCUGGUAACGGUAUUCAGCUUUAAUUUUUUUUUUAAUUUUAUACUAAAUUGAAAUACUCAUCAUAAUUUUGAAAUGAAUUGAAAAACUUUUGAGUUGGAUAUAUAUCAUAUAAUCAUAUAA